AUGGGCUGUGGCGCAUCGCAAGAGAAAAAGUACACCACACAGCCGAAAGCGGAUGGACCACCACCUGCUCCAAAGCCGCAGGACGUGAACGUCGGCGCGGGCGCUGCCUUCACGGUGAAUCGACAUGUGGCUUAUGAAGGGGACAAAGUGAGGGACAAGUCUAACGACUUCCUUCCCUUUGUGCGGUACGACACCUCCGCAGUGCCACCUCAAAUCCACGGGGGGGACCUGAUCUACUUGGUUUUCACCUACUCGGAGGUGGCCCUUGAAGGAGGAGAUGCUCUCAUCGCCGAGGGCAAGGAGCUGAAGGGCGCCUGCGUCUUUAAGGCCUGCCGCAAGGAUGGCAGCACUGCCGUUCUGAAGGAUGGCGAUGACCUCCGCUUUGAGCACGUGGACACAGGCAAGUAUCUGCAGGCAGCCACCGACUCCACACCUUUGACCUUGGCGGACAAGGACGAGGCGGCUGCCAGCCAGGUCUUCGGGUUCUUCAAGCAGGGGCGGCCCAUGGAGUUGAAGCACCGCGACACCGUGUACAUCCAAUCCUGGCUGCAUCACUAUGUGGAGUACAGGUACUUCGAGGACAGCAACCUCUACGCCAAGCGGUGGCAGCGGCGGGAGCCGCAGACGCUGACAGUCUUGAAGAAGGCCGUGCUGGACUCCUCCACCACGGAGGUGGCACGGAGAUUUCAGUUCCAGGCCUUCGACCUGGACGGCUCCGGCAGCGUCAGCAAGAACGAGAUGGAUAUGAUGCUGACCUUGGUCAGGGGGGCGGAGCCGAGCAAGGAAGAAGUGGACGAGGUAAUGUUGAAAGCCGAUCCGGCCAACACUGGCUUUAUCCCCUUCCAAGCGUUCGCCUCCUGGGCUGAUGGGGGCGGCAUGUCGGAGGAGGAGCUCAAUCAUGCAGAGAACCUGGGGAACAUCGCUCAGCGGUGCAAUGAUGCGCUUUAUGAGGAGAAGUGCCUGAUAGAGGUUCUUGGGACGACCGAUGGCAUGAGCGUGCAGAACAUGUGCCAGAAGUACGCAGGCACACUUGCGGCAGGUAACCUGAGUGAGAAGAUUGAAGCCAAGGCCGGUUCGGACGGCUGGCUCUUCUCCAACUACUGGAAGAGUUGCAUGAAAGCACUCCUCGAGCCGGAGGUAGAGUUGUGGGUUCGCUGCUUGCAUGAUGCCAUGCGUGGCUGGGGAACAGAUGAGAACACACUCACUGCGCUGGUUUGCACUAUUCCAGAGCGACUGCGCACGCCAAUCUUCAAGAAGUAUUACGAGACGGUGGGCAAGGGCUUGCUGGAGCACAUCGAAAGCGAGACAUCCUUCAGCUACAAGAAGGUGCUCAUGUGGCAGGCGAUGGCCCCAGAAGACUGCCGCGCAAAGAUCCUAAACAAAGCCAUGGCGGGCUGCUUGGCAGUGCAGCUUCUGCUGCAGAGGCUCAUAAAUCCUCGUAAGGAGUUAUCUUCAUCGCCUUCCCGGCGUGGCCGCAGCAAUGCUUGGCAUGACGUCCUGGAGAUUUGCAAGAAGGGCUUCGCGAAUAAGAUGUCCAGCAUGAGCGAGGAGAUUUUGCAGGAGGUGCGAUCCGAGGUGGACCAGAGUGCCAACAGCUUGCGCGGGGAUGUGGCAGGCAUGUUGGAGCGCAGAGAGGAGACCAGCAAUCAAAAGCUAACGCAGCUGGACGAGAAGAUGGAGCAAGUGGUCUCAUGGGCCAAGUGCGGCUAUGUGGAUUUCAGCAAGUUCGACUUUGGCCCAGUCUUGGAUGAGAUCCGGUCCAAUGAGACUCUGCAUGCGGAGAGCAGCCAGAAGAUGUCCCAGCGUCUGGAUGAGAAUUUCGUCCUCAUUGGGAACACCUUGGACAAGCUGACCAACAAAGCAGAGGAAGAGGAUGUGAAAGUUGGCCGCUUGUUGGAGAGGAUGAAGCGGUCAGAGGAGAAGCUCGGCGAGCUGUCGGAGCUGCUCAAGGGCACCUCCCAGCAGGUGUCAAAGCUCAAGGACUUCCAAAGUCAAAGCGCUGGCAGCUCCCAGGACGUGUCCCAAAACCUUCAGCAGGUGGCGCAGCGCCUGAGGCCCCUGGAGACCUCCUCCCAGGCCAUCCGGGAGGGCCUGCGGCAGAUCUCGGAGUCCAUGGGCUCCGACACCACGGCGCUGCUCAACGAGAUCGGGAAGAUCCAGCAGGCGAUGAACCUGGACUUCGUGAGGACCACUCCCGGGGGCGAGGAGAUCGCCAUCGCCGCCGUGGCGGUGGUCGAGCCAGAUCCGAAGCCUGGGCCUGCGCCGGAAAAGGCCAAGAGGACUCGGGUCCGGGAAUUCUUUACUCAGACGUUGGAGGUGGAGUCGAGCAGCAAAACUGUGCAGACAGAUCCCAAGAUGCUGACGGAGAAGAAGAAGGAGAAGUUCAGGCCCAAGCAGCCGAAUCUCGCAAGACAAGGGACGGCUUCCGCACGAUCAAGAGGCUUCAACGAUCCAGAUUCCCUAAAGAAAAAGGCCAGGCAGGCGUUACUAAAGCCUCCCUACAACGUCUUCGACUACUACCAUGACACGGGCAUCUUUCAAACGAUUGCCAAAAGCUUGCUGUUCGACUAUCUCAGCCUCACAGUCGUGUGCCUGAACGCCAUUUGGAUUGCCGUGGAUGCGGACCUGAAUGGGGCGGCUGUCAUCACCAACGCGGAGCCUCCCUUCAUCGUUGUGGAAAAUUUGUUUUGCACAUACUUCUUUGCGGAGGUCUUCAUCCGGUUUAUGGCCUUUGCGCAGAAGAGUCGGUGUUUGCGGGACCGGUGGUUCGUGUUCGACUCCCUCCUUGUGCUCACUAUGGUACUGGAGACCUGGAUCGCGCCCAUCAUCAUCCUUGGCUUCAACAUCGACUUGGCCAACGCCUUGGACCUAUCCACCCUCCGGAUGUUUCGCAUGGUGAAGCUGCUGCGCCUGUCCCGCAUGGCCAAGCUUUUGCGCGCGGUGCCGGAGCUGACGAUCAUCAUGAAGGGCAUCAAUCUGGCUACUCGCUCGGUGCUGGUCUUCUUCUUAUUCUGGAUGAUCAUCAUCUACGUCUUCGCCCUCGUCCUUCGCCAGGUCACCGAGGGCAAUUCCAUUGGCACCACCUAUUUCAGCACCGUGCCGGAAUCCGUGAACAACCUGCUGCUUUACGGGAUCUUGCCGGACCAGCGCGAGCUAAUCACCGCCACUUUGCCCAUGGGCGCCUGGAUGUGGCCCCUCAUCGUGACCUUCUUCCUCCUGGUCUCUAUCACCAUCAUGUACAUGUUGGUGGGCGUUCUCGUGGAUGUGAUGCGUGUCAUCUCUGCGACCGAGAAGGAAGGCAUCACAAUCUCAUAUUUGGCGAAUGAGUUCCGGGAGAAGAUGGACCAGCUGCAGUACAAUACGGAAAUGCCCCUCUCCCAGUUUGAAUUUCAGAAGCUGCUGCUGGAGCCGGACAUUGCCUUGAUUUUGGCCUCGGAAGGGAUCGAUGUCAUCGCCCUGGUGGACAGCUUGGAUUUGCUCUAUGAGGACAUCGCGAAGAACGGCCGGGACGGCUUGGAGUUUUCUCAAGCCUUAGACCUGGUCCUCAACAUGCGCGGUGGCAACCCAGCCACGGUCAAGGAUGUGAAGGAGCAGUUGAGGCUCACCAAGUCUUUGGUGAAGACCUCCCAGUGGGCCAUCUUGGACAAGAUGAACGUGGAGUUUGCACAUGUGCUUUCCCUGCUGAAAGAGUUGCGAGAGGAGGCGUUGAAACGUGACGGCCUGGAUGGCGACCUUGAAGACGAUGACUUCGACGCAUCUCUGCAAAUCACCCGCUUGGGCACCUCAGAGGACCAGCUGAUCCGUGUGAUCUGCCAGCUGAACUUUGGAGAGCGCCGGGAGGUGAAGGAGGCAUAUCAGCGGAUGUUCGACAAAGACUUGAUCGAGCACGUCCAGUCCGAGACCUCGGGGGACUUCCAGAAGGCUUUGCUUUGCAUGCUGCAGGCGGAGGAGGCCCCAUUCGACCUGGAGGCGGACUGCGCAAAGAUGAAGGAAGCCAUGGAAGGGUGGGGCACGGACGAGACCCUGCUGACCACCAUGGUUUGCAACAAGACUUCCAAGCAGAUGGAGGAUGUGAACAAGAAGUUCAAGGAGCUCUACGAGCGGGACCUCUUGGCAUGGGUGCAGAGCGAGACCAGCGGGCAUUACAAGAGCACCUUGGUGGGCUGCAUCCGGCACCCCAUGAAGCAGCUGGCCCAUUCGGUGCGGGACUGCAUGCAGGGCUGGGGCACGGAUGAUGAAGGCCUCAUCACCUGCCUGGUGCACCUCGAGGAUUUCAAGAAAGCCGCGCUGAUCCGGGAGUACAAGGCCGAGUUCGACCGCGACAUCUUUGAGGACAUCAAGAGUGAUACGAGUGGGGACUACCAGCGGGCACUCUGCUCGCUGGUGAAGGCGGCCCCUGAAGUUUGGGCAGAGGCUCUCAUUGGUGCAAUGAAAGGCCUGGGCACCGCGGAUGAGUUGCUAAUCAACUUCAUGGUCCUGGGCAAGGAGGACAUGAUGUCGGUGCGCAAGGAGUUCCACAAGCUGAACGGCAAGCUUCUGGAGGACUGGAUCGAGUCAGAGACCAGCGGGGACUACAAGAAGACUUUGCUGAUGCUGGCAGGCCGCAACAGUGAGGAGAAUCUCAGCCUGGCUCCGGUCUACUGGGCUCAGCGCUGCAAAGACGCGCUCUUCAACAUCCAGACUUUGCAGGAGGUCUUGGUGGCCAUGCCGGCCACAGCCAUCAAGCGCCACACGGAGCUCUAUGAGGCGGUGUACGGGGCCUCCCUGAAGAAGGAGCUGGAGAAGAAGUGCGAGGCUGAGGGCAGCACUUUCUUCAUGUUCACCAACUAUUGGAAGCACGCCAUGACCUCCUUGCUGCUGAUGCCGGUGGAGCUGUAUGUCCGCGGCCUGUGGGAUGCUAUGAACGGCAUAGGCACGGACGAGUACACGUUGACGGCCUUGGUUUGCACCUUGCCCAAGAACCUCUAUGAUGAGAUCCACGGCCUCUACGAGAAGACCCACCAGAAGAAGCUGGUGGACCACAUCGAGUCGGAGACGUCCUUCAGCUACAAGAAGGUCCUGAAGUUUCAGGCCAUGAAGUGGGCCGAGAGCCGUGCCACCGCGCUGCAUGGGGCCAUGGCCGGCUGGGGCACCUCCGAAGACCAGCUGAUCCGCGUCAUCAUCUGCUCGACCUUCAAGGAGCGCCGACUUAUCCGUGAGGCUUAUCAACGCCUGUUUGAGCGAGACUUGAUCGAGCACGUGCAGUCUGAAACCAGUGGCAAUUUCAAGAACAUCUUGGUCGCUGUACUCAAGUGCACGCAUCCCAAGCGGACUCUGGAUUAUGAGAAGGAUUGCGAGGAUUUGAAGGCUGCCAUGGACGGUGUGGGCACCAAUGAGCGGGCAAUCAUCCAGAUUGUUGCGGGCAAGACGCCCCAGCAGAUUGAGACGCUCAAGGCCAAGUUUCAAGAGAAGUUCGGGGAGGACCUGUACGCGCGCAUCGACAGUGAGACCUGGGACUGCGGUACCUGCAUCUUCCUCUCGGCCAACUUCAGGGCCUGCAUGCUGGGCUUGCUUACGGAGCCUGCGCUGCGUCUGGCGGGCGCGGUGCGGGACUGCAUCGUGGGCUGGGGCACCGACGACACGGGGCUCAUCACGCUCCUGGUGCACCUCUCCGAGCGCCAGCGCAGGGACCUGGUGGACAAGUACGCGGAGGUGAAGAACGGCGGAGAUCUCUUCCAGGCAAUCAAGGGCGACACCAGCGGCGAGUACGAGCGAGCCCUCCUGGCGCUGGUGAAGCCACCGCCGCAGGUCUGGGCUGAGGCCAUCAUGAGCUCGAUGAAGGGCCUGGGCACCUCGGACAACUUGUUGAUCAACUGGAUGUGCAUCGCCAAGGAGCGCAUGGAUGAGGUCCGCGACCACUUCUAUGAGCAGGAUGGCCGGGGUAUUGCGAAGUGGAUUGAUGGUGACUGCAGCGGCGAUUACAAGGACACCCUGGUGCGUCUCGCAAACCGCCGCUGUGAACGCUUCGCGGGUCAAGAGGUAGGACUCAGCAUAUCGCCGCCGAUGACAAAGGAGGACGGCAUCCUGAAGUUCACCAAGACCUUCAACAAGCUGUGCCGACUGCGCAAGCAGAAAGGCGAGAACAUCAUGCCUGGGGAGGAGGACCAACAAGCAAUGGGCAAUGCCUUCUUGUACUAUGGAUCGCUGUCCAGCUGCGCUCCGAAUCUGGACGUUCCUGGGCUUUGGGAUUUGACCAACGCGUGCAACUUUCCGCCGGGGGACGACUGCGAAGACUUGGUGGCCACCUUCAACGAGUGGGACGUAAGUGGCACGGGAGAGAUCACCUGGAACGACUUUGUCCGGGAGAUGACCACGCGCAUCAACGACCCCAACCACUUUGAGGCACCCCCGCUACCUGAAACUGCGGACAUGAUCAACAUUCCCGACAAGCCUCUCAGCGACGCGUGGAAGACAGUCGUUUUCAACGCCUCUGAUGAUGAUUACGAGGACCCAGCUGCGGAGCCCGCGCAGCCCGCGCAGCCCGCUGAGCCGGCCGAACCAGCGGCGCCUUGGAACGAUGAUGAGAAGCCGGACAUGUUCAAGGCACUCAACGAUGGCACCUGGAAGGAGAAGAUCGCUGGCGUCCAGCCGCAGGUGGAUGGCGAUCUGCUGGCCGGGCUUUGGGCGGAUCUCGUGUCAGCGGCGUGCUGGCUGGAGGUGAAGGAGCAGUGGCAAGGGCGCUUCCCUGAAGCACCUGUGGGCCUGGUCAUCACCCACCUCGCUUCAGAGCAUGCUGACUUUGUCCCGGCGGCGGAGCGGACAGAACAGGCUACCAAGGGCUACCUCUCCGAGCAGGAGAAGCCGCAAGAGGCGGUGGAAGCGCCGCCUGCAAAGAAGGACAUGUACCAGGAGCUGAUCAAUGGCACCUGGAAGGAGGCGAUCGCGGGCGUCCAACCGCAGGUGGAUGGCGAUCUGCUGGCCGGGCUUUGGGCGGAUCUCAUCACAGGGGCGUGCUGGCUGGAGGUGAAGGAGCAGUGGCAAGGGCGCUUCCCCGAAGCACCUGUGGGUAUGGUCAUCACCCACCUCGCGUCAGAGCACGCUGACUUUGUCCCAGCGGCGGAGCGAACGGAACAGGCCACCAAAGGAUUUCUCUCCGAGCAAGCGCCGCAAGCGCCAGCACGGCCCUACCCUGACAUGUACCAGGCGUUCUUUGACGGCUCCUGGAAGCAAAAGCUGCAGGGUGUUGCGCCCGAGACGGGCGAGGGCGGGCUGCUGGUGGGAGUUUGGGGAGACCUGGUGGCCGCGGCAACCUGUAUCGAGCAGACGGAGGACUGGCAGGGCCGCGGCAUCACAGAGCCGCCAGCGGGACAAGUCAUUGACUUCAUGUGGGAGGUGCGCGAGCGCCUUCAGUCCAUUGCCCCUGCUGUGUACUGGGGCUUGCAGCGCUUGCGCUGCGAUACAGAGCUCUUCGUUGAUAUGCUGGCGCUCAUUGAGCACUCUGACGAAGGCCGCGCAUCAGCCCAUGCGCUGGUCACCAAGAUGGUGCGCCAGGUGAUCGUCUCACGUCCAGACGGCUGGAAAACCCAUGCCAACGCCCGGCGUUGGGAAAGCCCAUCGGAGGUGCUCCGCCAGGCCUGUCGCAAGAGCAUGGAGAACAUCCAGAUGAACAUCUAUGUGUGGUGGGAUUGGGAGGACUACGACAAAGCCCAUCACGGGAGUCACAACGAUGGGGCGCCGGAUGCUGCGCAGGCCCAUCAGGAGUGCCCCCAUCAGGAGCCAGAAUGGAGCGCAUCUUGGGGCCAGGGCUCGUCAGACUGGCGCGAGGGCUCAUCAGAUCACGCUUGGAGCGGGGCAGACUGGCGACAGCGAGAUGACGACUGGUCGCGAUGGUGA